UGGCUGUGAAGAAGGAUUUGAGAGGGAAAAUGGCUGUUUUGAGUCUUUUGGCUGGUUUAUUUGCUAUAGCACUAUACGGUGUCGUUUCAGUUUCAGCUCAAGAGGAUUUAGUGCAUUUAAUUUCAACAAAAACUAAGGGGACAACAAGUGAAGAUAUUGAGUCAACCCAUUUGACAAAAAUAAUGAACUUCUUGCAGCAGAGUAUUAUGAUUAUGAACAUGCUGUCCAAACAUUUGUGGCCUGAUAUGGAAUUUGGCUGGAAAAUUGUUGUUGGUACAGUGAUUGGAUUCUUCGGGGCAGCUCUCGGGAGUAUAGGAGGUGUUGGUGGAGGCGGCAUUUUCGUUCCAAUGCUCACUUUAAUUAUCGGGUUUGAUCCGAAAACUUCGACUGCAAUAUCUAAAUGCAUGAUAACUGGAGCUGCAAUUGCUACUGUUUAUUACAACCUUAAACUCCGGCAUCCUACACUCGAACUUCCCAUAAUUGAUUAUGAUUUAGCUCUUCUUUUCCAGCCAAUGCUAAUCCUCGGGAUUAGCAUUGGAGUUAUUUUUAAUGUGAUUUUUGCAGAGUGGAUGGUUACAGUCUUGCUCAUACUUCUUUUCAUAGGUACUUCAACAAAGGCGUUCUUCAAAGGUGUCGAAACAUGGAAGAAAGAAACUAUAAUAAAAAAGGUUUCUAUUAUAGACAAUGUCUACUGGCAAAAACUUGGCAUUCUUAUCGUGGUCUGGCUCAUCAUUCUCUUACUCCAUAUAUCCAAGGAUUUUACAUCUACUUGUUCUGCAGCAUAUUGGACAGUUACCUUAUUGCAGAUACCUGUGGCUAUUGGGGCCUCUGGAUAUCAGGCUAUCAGCUUAUAUAAAGGAUGGAAAGUGAUUGAAUCCAAAGGAGAAGCAGAAAAUAAGUGGACAGUGAACCAACUUUUUCUCUGUUGCUUUAGUGGAAUAUUAGCUGGUAUUGUAGGUGGGCUGUUGGGCCUUGGUGGGGGCUUCAUUUUGGGCCCACUAUUUCUUGAGCUGGGAAUCCCACCCCAGUAUUAUCUCUUGAGGCGUUUUCCGCCAACUUAUGCCCUUUACUUUGUGAUUGUGGCUACAUUUGCUGCAAUAGUCGGGCAACAUGUCGUUCGAAAGAUGGUCAGUAUACUGAGGAGAGGCUCGGUUAUCAUCUUCAUUUUGGCCUUCACAAUCUUCAGUAGUGCAAUCUCACUAGGUGGCAUUGCAACAUUGUUCAAGAUAAUUGUAUAA